AUGAGUACCUUUCCUGUGAUUUCAGCGAUAGGGGGGGGGGGUUUCGAAAACACUCAAAUCACCAUUCAAGGUCAGGUUGUUCCGGAAGAAACUAAGUUCAAGUAUUUAGGAUCGUUUGUACAAAGAGACGGGGAGUUAGAUAGUGAUGUAGCUCACCGCAUUCAGGCUGUGAGACCUGCCAUGCUAUAUGGGACAGAUUGUUGGGCCAUUAAGAAAUCACAAGCACGCAAGACGGAAGUAGCAGAGAUGAGGAUGCUGAGGUGGAUGUGUGGUCACACAAGGUUAGACCGAAUAAGAAAUGAGGUUUUUAGGGAAAGGUUAGGGGUGUGUAGAAUAUCAGAUAAGAUUAAGGAUGGAAGAUUCAGAUGGUUUAGGCAUGUGAAGAGAAGGCAAGCAACAUCGCUAGUUAGAGUAGUGGAAACCCUCACAGUAGAUGGAAGAAGGGGUAGAGGUAGACCCAAAUUGACGUGGGAUAUGCGGAUUAGGCGGGAUUUGAUAGAAAUGCACCUCUCUGAGGACAUGGUUCAAGACAGGAGUUCAUGGAGACGUAGGAUUAAAGUUAAAGAGUUUUAG